CAGCUCCCGCAAGAUACUUUUCUGUUCAUGAAUAUUAAGAACGCAUGACGUUUCAAGCAUGUGGACCAAUCGAAUUUCUUUCUCCAAAUGGCAUACAUUAGUAAUCACUUGGUGUUAAGGCCCUACUGCAUCUGAUGGUCUCGUAAAGGCUGAUACAACGCCCAGGCGUCAACAACUCUUCGAUCUCCAUAACAAACCAGCCCCACCAUGGGUGACAUCGAUAUCGAAAAGCCCUUGGAUCUUGAGGAAGUGGUCAAGACGUUAGCCCAGAGCAUGCUGGACGAGGACGGCAAAAAGAAGGCCGACUUGGAGAAUCCUGUCGUCUGUUGGGAAAGAAUGUUCGUCACGCACGGGAAGACUGAGUACACAGGCACGGGUAGCUCACCCAAGCCAACGGCGCACGUGUUGUUUACGGCCAACUUCAGCAACGACACUCCCAACCCCCAGCGCUACACGCUACGCACAGAACGACGCACCAAGUCCACGUGCAACAUCGUCCUCAGCAAAACUUACACCAUCGGUUUCAACCUGGGAAUCAAGCUGACGCCGCCUAAUCCAAUCAUCGAGGCGAACGCCGGUUUCCAUGGUGAAAUGUCCAUGGCGAAGGGCGUCAACGAGACGUUUGAGCAGGAGCUGGCUUGGACCGUUGACAACGAAAUCCAAGUGCCACCGGGUCACAUGACCAGGGCUGACCUCGUGAUUAAGGAAGACGAAUUUGAUGGAGAUUUCAGCAUUAAGUCCACCUUCUAUGGAGAAGUUGUCGUCAGGUACAAGACCAAGAAACAGCGAGAGAUGGAAAAGCGAGAGCUCGUGGACACCGUGGUGCUCGGUGUCAAGCGACUCUUCACCAGAGACAAGGGAUUCGAACAAGAUCUCGAGGGGCGACCCGUGUUUGUCACCCGGGGCAAGUGUAAAUGUCGCUUUGGCAUAGAGCAAAACGUCCUCUUAAAAGAGAUGAAGCUAGAGCAGUCAGAACCCAACUGACAAACGACUGCCGACAACCAUUUGUGAUCCGUACAGUUUGAUGUGCAUCAACGAGUGUUGUUGCUCCAAGGAAGUAUCAAAGUUGCAUUCAUCUCUCAAGGAAUACGUGCGAGUGGGAGGUGCGUUUCUGAGCGAUAAGCAAGACGAAAAAGAGGGCUGAGUUCGUUUUUGAUGUUCGUAAUGUUUGCAGACGACAAAUAAUAAAUCUCUCAAACAAAUUACAAA